CCAUAACUAAAUUCGCUCCAUAAAUCUCACACACACAGAUCUUUGCCGUCUCCUGAAUAACAAACAUCGCCUCCAAAACACCCGCCACAUCUCACGCGCCACCCACAGCAAUGUCCGCCCCAGCGACACUCCCCAUCACCAACCCCCAAACGACGUCGUCCGCCGCAGCAUCCCAGUCGCAGCCCCCGAUCGCCACGCCCGCCUUCCGCGCGUUCAUCUCACGCUUCACCUCCUCUAUCCGCUCUGGCUUCUCCCAGCGCCGCCCCUGGUACGAGCUCCUGGACCGGAGCUCCCUGUCCCGACCCGACUCCCUCACCGACGCCUACUCCCGGAUCCGCAAGAACUUCACCUAUUUCCGCGUCAACUACGUCACCCUCCUCACCGUCGUCCUCGCCCUCUCUCUCCUCACCCACCCGUUCUCCCUCCUCGUCCUACUCUCCCUCCUCGGCGCUUGGGCCUUCCUCUACCUCUUCCGCUCCUCCGAUCAGCCUCUCGUCAUCGCCGGCCGCACCUUCUCCGACGCCGAGACUCUCAUCGGCCUCGUCGUCUUGACGGUGGUCGUCGUCUUCGUCUCCAGCGUCGGCUCGCUCCUCAUCUCGGCUUUGCUGAUCGGAUUCGCAAUUGUUUGCGCACACGGUGCGUUUAGGGUUCCGGAGGAUCUGUUCCUUGACGAUCAAGAGCCAGCCAACGCCGGCUUCCUUUCUUUCCUCGGUGGGGCCCAAGCUGCCGCUUCCGCCGCCGCGGCGCGUGUGUGAUUGGAUCUUGGAGCACCGACGCGUCAGGUUGUUGAUGGCUAUAAAGGUUGGUGAGGCCAAAUCUGUUUUGCAACUGAUAUUCAUGUUAGGGGGGAAAGAUAAUCAAUUUGUUUGCUGAAAGAUGAUAGGGUUUAUGUAGAUUGGAUCUGGAAUUUUUAGUUCUCUUUGGAAUUUUCGAGAUGUAAUGUUACUUCUUUUCUUAGUAUAACUUUGAUUCUGAUGAA